UUUGUAGCCGCACUCGCACAAUUCAUGACUGUAGAUCCUAGCAAUAUCGUGAAACACCUGUCUGAGGUCCACAGCACGACAGACAGGCGAUUUGAAGUAUUUCUCCGUUUUGUCGCUGGUCUCUCCUCCCCACGGUCAACUCGGGUCCUGGAGGCGUUUCUGGGUCCAUUUCCUAAUGAAACAAUCUGCCGAGUGAUUGACUGGGUGAAGGAGGAGGUUAAACGCCGGGCUGGAAACACAGAGAGUGAAGCUGGUAAACGGAGCCUCCUGAACACGAUGCACUACCUGUUUGAGUCACAGAAUCAGCAGACACUGGGAUCUGUGGAAACACUUUCAUUCUAUGGCCUGGGACUGACCCCGAUUGACUGUGCGGUCCUGUCUCAUGCCAUCAGGCUCUGUGUUACAAUCAAACACCUCAAUCUGGCGUACUGCCGCAUUCAGUGUGAAGGUCUCCAGCGGCUGGGACCGGCUCUGCACAAGUGUCAGUGCUUGAGACUGGGAGACAACGACCUGGGAGAUUCCGGAGUGAAACUGGUGUCUGCGGCUCUGAGGAACCCGGACUGUAAAAUACAGACACUGUGGCUGUACAGUGUCGGUCUCACAGAUUCUGGAGCCGUGGAUCUCGUCUCCGCGCUCAGUACAAACCCCUCACUGACGGAGCUCUACCUGAGUGAUAAUAAACUGGGAGAUUCUGGUGUGAAACUGGUGUCUGCGGCUCUGAGGAACCCGGACUGUAAAAUACAGACACUGUGGCUGAUGGAUGUCGGUCUCACAGAUUCUGGAGCCGAGGAUCUCGCCUCCGCUCUCAGUACAAACCACACGGUGACGGAGCUGAACCUGGGUGAUAAUAAACUGGGAGAUCCCGGAGUGAAACUGGUGUCUGUGGCUCUGAGGAACCCGGACUGUAAAAUACAGACACUGUGGCUGGACCAUGUCGGUCUCACAGAUUCUGGAGCCGAGGAUCUCGUCUCCGCUCUCAGUACAAACCCCUCACUGAUGGAGCUGUGGCUGGCAUACAACUCCCUCACAGACCGAUGUGUCUCCGCUCUCCGCCGCCUCAUACUGAACCACCCGAGUCUGGAGCAGAUCUGGCUGGGGGGGAAUGAGUUCAGUGAAGAUGGACGGAAGCAGCUGGAGAAUCAGCGGGGAACCAGACCCGGACUGAGAGUGGACGUGUGAACAUCUCUGGUGUCAACGCACCACCCUGGGGACUGGAAUAUUGUUGUCCGAUUCCCCGCCCUCCCCUUUAAACGGCCGCCCUCCCCUUUAAGCGACCGCGAUACGGGUUUAAACCCCAACGGGGGCUGGGCUGUGACGUCAGAGGCGACC